GGAGUUCCAGGAGAAGUAAACGUCAUGUAUAGAGCUUGGCAAGAACAUGGUCAGCUACCCUGGAACGAUUUGAUUCAACCUGCUAUUGAUUUGUGUAGGAAUGGAUUUCCUAUCUCAAAGGUGUUGCAUGAUCAGAUAAAGAAAAGGGAACAACUUUUAUAUAAUGACACGGGAUUUAGGUAUACGAUGUUUUAUUUUAAAAAACUAUAUUUUAUGUUCCCCAUUUUUUGUUCCAUAUAUUAAAAUCACUGUCACUACCAUCACCAUCAUCACUACCACCAUCAUAUCAUUAUAACCAUCAUCACCAUCACCAUCAUCAUCACCACCGUCAUCAUCACCAUCACCAUCAUCAUUACCACCAUCACUACCAUCAUUAUAACCAUCAUCACCAUCAUCAUCACAUCAUCAUAACCACCGUCAUCAAUACCAUCAUCACUAUCACCUUCAUUAUAACCAUCAUCAUAACUAUCAUCAUCACCACCGUCACCACCACCGUCAUCACCACCAUCAUUACCACCAUCACUACCAUCAUUAUAACCAUCAUCAUCACCAUCAUCAUAACCACCGUCAUCAUCACCAUCAUCAUUACCACCAUCACUACCAUCAUUAUAACCAUCAUCAUCAUCACCAUCAUCAUCACCAUCAUCAUAACCACCGUCAUCAUCACCAUCACCAUCAUCAUUUAAAUCAUUACCACCAUCACUACCAUCAUUAUAACCAUCAUCAUCAUCACCAUCAUCAUCACCAUCAUCAUAACCACCGUCAUCAAUACCAUGAUCACUACCACCAUUAUAACCAUCAUCAUCACCAUCAUCAUCAUCACCAUCAUCACCAUCAUCAUAUCCACCGUCAUCUUCACCAUCAUCACCAUCAUCAUAACCACCGUCAUCACCACCAUCAUCAUCAUCAUCAUAACAACCGUCAUCACCACUACAUCCCCAUCAUCAUAACUACCGUCAUCAUCACCAUCAUCACCACCAUCAUAACCACCGUCAUCUUCACCAUCAUCACCAUCAUCAUAACCAUCGUCAUCUUCACCAUCAUCACCAUCAUCAUAACCACCGUCAUCUUCGCCAUCAUCACCAUAUCAUAACCACCGUCAUCUUCACCAUCAUCACCAUCAUCAUAACCACCGUCAUCUUCACCAUCAUCACCAUCAUCAUAACCACCGUCAUCUUCACCAUCAUUACCAUCAUCAUAACCACCGUCAUCACCACUACAUCCCAUCAUCAUAACCACCGUCAUCACCACCAUCAUCACCAUCAUCAUAACCACCGUCAUCUUCACCAUCAUCAUCAUUCAUUGUAAGCCUGUACAUUUCAGGAAACUUUUCUUCAGAAGUGAUGGUUCAAUGCUGAAGAUAAACGAAACAUUGUUAAACCCGGAGUUAGGAUCAACUUUGGAAAAGAUCGCAAAAGAUCCGAUGAGUUUUUACCACGGCUCAAUAGCAGAGCAAAUUGUGAGAGAUAUUCGGACGUUAGGAGGCAUUAUCACACGUUCUGAUUUGAGGAAUUAUGAUGCGGGGAGAGCAGAGGCUUUACAAGUUAGCUUGAAUAAGAAACUUAAGAUAUGGACAUCACAUCCACCUUCCAGUGGUCCGGUGUUGGCAAUGAUACUUCAAAUCCUAAAAGGUAUGAGCAGCUUUUGGACGUAGAAACGAAAUUAUCAAUUUCAAGACGUAAUUACCAUUACAUUUAGUAUUCAGCUCAUUUCCAGCUAGCAAAUGACAAGUAGCUAGCAAAUGAAACAUCUCAACAUGUAGUGGAAACAGUUAAAAAUUAUUUCCUUACUCUGGCAACUGCUGGUUGACCAACCGACUGUUACACGAAUCGCAUUGAGUGAAGAGGUUGUCAAUUGCAAUCAUUAAAAAAAAAUUGUAUGACUUCAGGAUUUCGAUUUAGCAGUCAGGACAUUGUCGGUGAUGAAAAUUUGGUAAGAAGUUACCAUCGUAUCAUUGAGGCUUUCAAGUUCUCUUACGCCUAUCGCGCUUUGUUGGGAGAUCCCGAGUAUGAAGAUGGCAUACACGAGGUAUUUACACAAGAACUUUUUUCCAUGUGUUUUUCACGUAGUUCAGACAUAAACCAAGGCAGCUUAUUGUAGAAUACUACCUACAGCAGACCACAAUGUUUGAGAUAUCUUUUUCAGGUAGUUCAGACACAAACCACGACAGCCUAUUGUAGAAUACUACCUACACUGGACCACCACGUUUGAGAUAUCUUUUUCAGGUAGUUCAGACAUAAACCAAGGCAGGUUAUUGUAGAAUACUACCUACACUGGAUCAUGUUCCACAAAUGAAAAACUGUGUCGUACAUUUUCUAGACUGUUAAGAACAUGACAAGUCAAUCCUUUACAGAGAAGCUACGUAGAAAGAUAAACGACAAUAAGAUUCACAAUAUUUCAUAUUAUGGUGGGUUUUACUCAGACUGGAAUAACCAAGGCACAACACAUCUCUCAGUGUUGUCAAAAGGAGGAGACGCUGUCGCGGUUACGUCCACAAUAAAUACAGGGUAAGUUCAUCUACAUUCUUGGAAUGAACUCAUUCAGACCAAUUUUCGCUCUUAGAGCCCGUAAUAGAGGAUGCUAACCAUCUUGAUUAAAAUCAAGUCAUUUCUAUGCUAGUUAUACUGGAUAGGUCUAUCAGUUAUAUAUACUGUUCUCACUAGACGUCCAGUUAAUAAGCCUUAUUUUACAGGUUCGGUUCCAAAAUCAGAUCACCAUCUUUGGGAAUUGUUUACAACAAUGAAAUGGAUGAUUUCUCAACCCCAGACUUAGUCAAUGCGUUUGGAGUUGCACCUUCGCCUAAUAACUUCAUUAAACCAAACAAAAGAAUGAUGUCUAGUAUGAGUCCCAGUGUGGUGGUUGAUGAUUUGGGUAAUGCUAGAUUGAUCUUGGGUGCUUCAGGAGGAACUAGGAUUACAACUGGAGUAGCACAGGUGGGGACUGUUGAACGAUAAAGAGGUGGGGUCAGGUAGGGUUAGGAAUGGAAAUAUGGAAUUAGGAAUACAGUUUAAGACAAUGUCACACGAAAUAAUCGUAGCUGCAACCUGCAACGCAAUUUCGGAAAAUGUCCUCGUGUAAAAUAGUCUCCCUCGCAGCCGCUCUUUGUGUCGAGGUACAAAAAGCAGUGGCGUAACGUCACAUCUUGGGGCCCCAUUAAAAAUAUUAAAAGGCCCCCCCCCAUAACCAAUUAUAUUCUAAAAGAGCACAUCAGUUAUCCCCCAAAACUUUCCUUUAAAGAUACACUGUUUAACCGCGGUUUUGAGGGAUAUAUUUUCAUCAAAAUGUUUAGGUGUAACUACCGUAUACCGUAUACUGACUAUUGACUUACAUCAAAACUGACUGACAAUCUGAUAUAAAUGCUAACAACCUAACAGUUCUGAAAAGUCAACAAAAAUGAAUGGACGACUUGCGCUUUAGAAAAAUUUUUAAUCUGGGAAUAACAAAGGAUAUUUUUGGAAAGAAGUUAUUAUUAUCAAAAUUAGAAAAACAGCAAAGUUUGGUUGCGAAAUGUUGUAAAAUACGGAAAAUAUAGCUCAGCGAAGUUGGCAAAUUUGUAUACAUUUCUAUUACGUGUGGAAAUUGGUAACUAAUUUAGUUACCAAUUCACGCACGUAAUACAAAAGUAUACAAAUUUGCCAACUUUGAAGGGCUAUAUUUUCCGUAUUUUACAACAUUUCGCAACCAAACUUUGUAAUAUUACUAAUUCCAAGACGCUCUUUCUAGCUGUGGUGAUAGAUUUCGUUGUUCUUACUUAGAUUAAAAUUUAGUCUUCAGCGCAAGUCGUCCAAUCGCUUCAGUUGAUUCCUAAAACAAGGAAUCAUGCAGAAGACUCUGAUGUGCUUUUUUUUUUGUUCUACAUUCUGGCCAGGGGCCCCCUUAGGCUUGGGGGCCCCCGGGUUCGCCUGGUCUGAGCCCUUAGUAGUUACACCACUGACAAAAAAGCGGCUGCGAGGGAGACUACGUGUAACAUAUGGCCUUUAGCCCGGGUAGGAUCAAGGUUAGAGUGAGAUUUAGGUUAGGCAACGUUAGAAUUAGGGUAAACUAGAAUAAGAAUUAGGUAAGGGACGGUCAUACGUAGCACACUUCCUGACCGAUCUAAAAUUACAGUAGAUCUCAAACAGAGGCCGGUUCAUUGGGCUUCUUGUGCGGAGUGUUCACACAAAUUUGAAUGGAUUAACUGAAUCACAGUGAAUGCAUGGGCUGAGCAAGAAAUUAGUUCGAAGACCACCUCUCGAGGUUUACAUGCUUCUCGAAUCAAUCUUAGCUCGCUUUUGGUUUCCACAUGCAUCCGGUACGGCUCUGAAUCGAUUUCGGUCCAUCUAAAAUCGCUCGUGCGAAGGGUUGGGAUAAGAGUCGGAAUGGACCUAUUCCCUAAUGAACAAAAUCGAUCUGAUCUAGACAAGUAAAAAAUUUCAUCACAUGCAGGUUGAAAGAGCAUCACAAAAUAGUAAUAUUCCGAAGUUUCGUUGCGAAAUGUUGUAAAAUGCGGAUAAUAUAGCACUGCGAAGUUUGCCGUUUUUCAGUCAUUUUGUAUUACGCACAGGAAAUUGAUACCGCUUUCUGAACUGAAAAAGUAUCAAUUUCCCGUGCGUAUUAAUACAAAAUGACUGAAAAACGGCAAACAUCGCAGGCUAUAUUAUCCGCAUUUCACAACAUUAAUUCGCAACGAAACUUCGGAAUAUUUAUACUAAUUUUGUGAUGCUCUUUCAAGCUGUGACAAAAUUCUUGUCUAAAUCAAAAUUUUGUUCAUUAGGGAAUAGGUCCGUUAGCGAAGGCUAGCUAGCGUAUUCUACUCCGUCUGAUGAUGUUACAACUUCUUUAUUCCAGGUUCUUAUGAAUCAUCUGUGGUUUGGACUAAAUCUAGAAGAGUCAGUACGACAUCCACGACUACAUCAUCAGCUGGUACCAAAUUACAUUCGUGUGGAGAAAACAUCAAAAUACAGAAUGAAACAAGCCAUUCUAGACGGAUUGAAGAAACUGGGACAUACAUAUAAAUUUCUCACGAGUACCAGUACUGUACAGGCUAUUGCUGUCGACGAGCAAGAAAGAAUUCGCGCUGUUUCUGAUCCACGUAAACAUGGAAGGGCCGCAGGAUAUUGAAAGUUUAGAUAAAGUUAUAUAAGGCUAUAAGCGUGCAAUAAAAUAUCAAUAAUUAUCAUUCUCUUUUUGCAUUGAAGAAGCCACAUCCGUUUUUAAUAUAUUGGCAUUACUGAUCGAAAACGCGAAAAUAAACAAAUGCACAAAAAUAAAAGUUUUAUAUCGCUACUCUGGUUUGUAGUAAUCAAUGUAUUGUUUUAGAAAAAACUACAAUCAUUUGUUAUCGAUGUUGGUAAGCAAUCACGUCAGCAUUGGUCAAUUUCAGAUGUAACUCAUUAUGUAUGCAUAUUAGGGACUGGUC